AGAAACCUGCCCCAAAAUCCGGUUUCUUGGAAAAUACACUGUAAUUGGCCUUAAAGAGAGUUAUGUGACAGUGUGGGAGGGAAACAGCAUCAGAACUCUGGAAUUGGGCUGUAAGUAAUUUGGGAGGAGCAUCAGAUCUCUGAAUGCAAAGCAACUGUUUGUUAAGUGAGCAAUGUGUCAGCCUAGGCCGAAGCCACCAGAACUAACAGUGAAUGCAUGUAAGCAGGGUAGAGAAAAGCCAGGAAAAAGAACCAAGGCAAAAAGGAAAGAACAAAAGUUUGGCCUAAGCACAUAGCAAGCCCCUCCCCACAUUUGGCAACCAAGGAGUUGGGCCUGCAUGGGUUAAGCCUCUCCCAUCAACACUGAGGGAUCAAAAGAGGUCCUGAGGCCUGCCCAGACUUUGGGGUCAUUUUUGGAUCAGGACUUGGCAGCUUCUGUCCCUCUGGCUAAUGUCAAGCAGCCUAGUUGUAGAUGUGGGUGGGUUUUGGAAGGCAUUAACCAGAUCGGGUUAAUACAACAAGAUUUAUUGCAACAGAAAACAGAACUGACUUAACCAGCAGAAUGACGGCUAUUUAUACUUGCUGCCUCUAGGCGACGACCAAUCAAUUCAAACGGUGUUUUCCCAUUCAAACUUGAACUUAACUUUUCCCUCCAAAACAGUUAGAGGAUUACCAAGUGAAGAGAUUUACCCAAAGGUAGCAAAAAAAUCCAAUAUGAAAAUAUAGAAAAACAGAAGAAGAGGAGAGAAAGGCAAUGGUUGCACUUAUUGAAAGAAGAGUUUGAUAAUUUAAAGACAGAACCAAAAUUUCUUCCUACACAUCAUGUUCAGUCAAAAGAAAACAAUUUGGUAGAUGUUGCAGUGGAAAAAUAGGAAAUCGAAGAAGAUAAAUAGUCAAAAGAAGCUCUUUGUAACAAAUUAACAAUAGUAAUACAAAAAUAUAGAAUUUCAUCUAAAUUUAAAAAACAAUAUGCAUUUUCUAAGGCCACUGAAAUUUUGCAUCAAGGUUUGGAUUUUUUGAUAGUAGUUAUUACAUAGUUUUAUUUAAUGUUUAAUAGUAGUUUCUACAGUUAUUGUUGUAAGUUCAUUUGAUCAUUCAGUACAGUUCAAGGUGGCUAUUUUCAACACAGAUACAUGUCUGAAUAAAUUCUCUUAGUUCAGCUAGUCCCUUGUCCUUCCCCCCACACAAGUUGAUUGGCUCUCGGGGUUUUCUAGAACAGAUGAACCAGGAGACGAAUGGUUUGUGAGAGCAUCUGUUGCAAGAGACUUCACCUAUUUUUCACUAUAGAUUGACACGUUGUGAGGGGAUAAUGGGGUGCCCAAGAGGAGGAUUGGUAAGACAAAAACUGGUCUUGACAGUUUUUUCUUAAAUCAGGGCAUUCAAGGAUCUAUCGUCCUUACUCUUCAGUUCCGAAGAAAAUUCUCCAGCAUGUAAAACCCUAAAAGAUAUGUUCUACAUUGCCUUAAAAAAAGAAAAGGACAAUAUGAUUUUCAAUCCACUUCCAUAUUCUCCUUGGUUUCUAAAUAAAAAAUAUAUACUUUCUAAGUAAAAAAUAGAUACUUCAAAUUCUACAGAAGAUUCAUACUUUUCAGAGUCGAUGGUACUAGUAAUCAAUCUCUCUGAGACCAAAGAAAGGAUGACUGCUCUUUCAUUCCUUGACACAGUUGAACUGGUAGAAGAAAAAGAAUAUAGAGGAUUAAAUCACAGACUUUACAGAAAUUCUUGGAGAAACAUUAGUCAUUAAGGCCAGGAGAGCAACCUUUGCCCAUACUGUUAUUUUGUCAGCACAAGUCAAACCCAUUUGAUGGCACCCAAUUAAUUAAUUGAGAAUCAGUUUGGUGUACCAGUUAAGGUAUCCAUAAGGAAACCAGUAGAUUCUUCUAGUUCUGCUUUGGGCAAGAAGGUAGCUGGGUGACCUUGAGCCAGUCAUUUCUCUCAGUCCAAAGAAGGAGGCAAUGGCAAAACAUUUCUGAAAGUCCUUGCAAGAAAACUACAGGGAUUCUCCAGGAGAUCUCCGAGAAUUGGAAAUAAUUGGGUGAAAUAAAAAUAAAAGUUAUAGCUUUCCUGAUAGGAGGACAUUCCAGUAAAUCUUCUUUAAGCAUGUGUCUACCUGUCCUCACCUGAAACUUGAAUCAGCCAGAGGCUGAGGCACCCCAAGUAUGGGCUUAGGUAAUCUACUACUAGAGUGUUUUUGUGGUUGCGCACGAGGAGUGCUUGUUUCGGGUUGAGGGUAAGCAAAGGUAGCAACAGUUAAGGGGAAGCAAAAACACAUGGAAGAUAAAGGCCUGGUAGAAGAGCUCCUCCUAGGGACACAGAAAAUGGAGCAGCUAUUUUCCCCCUCCAAGUUGAAUUGUGCUGUCAACUUCUGUUAUGUCCAGCUUCCAGUCAGCAAAGUAGGCAUUUGUACCACUGAAGCAUUAUCCAUGGACAUUAUUGUGUUACUCGCUGAAACGUACGAUUCUCAUAAUACAUUUUCCUAUGUCACUCGUAUUUAAUUAAAUGACUAAAGAACUGAAAUCAGAAAUAGCCCAAAAUGUUAAUGUUUAUAAAUAUUGUACAACAAAGGAAUAUUUAGAAACUAAUUUUUAUGCAUUUCAUUUCUCCUUUCUAUUUUGUCUGUUUGUGUGUGUUAUCUGCAUGUCCAUGUUUUUAAAAUGUGUAGAAAAAAGGAUAAUCUUGAAUGUUGGGGAGUUUCUGAAUGAGCAAGGAAUAACUUGCUACUUUUUUGACCUUGAUUUAUCAAGAACACCUUUUCUCUCUAUUAUGUUUUCCAAAAGUAGCUGGGUGAAAGCUUGAGCAAGGGAUUGGGAUAGAAGUCCUCUAAGGUCCCUUUUUUCUAUUAUUUGAAUGUCAGUCCAGGCAUUCUGUGAAACGUAAUACUAUUAUUUUAGUCUUUUUUGCUCCGUGAAAGAACUCAGAGCUCUGGAGGCAUAAUAAACACAUCAAUUCUUUAAGAAGUGAAUAAUAUAAUGCAAGGGACCAAAAUUGUGCUGAUCUUUUUUGGUACAGAAUCAGAGCAAAUAACUUUUAAACGGGUUAGAUGAAGCCUUAAAAAAAUCUUGACAUCAUACAUUGUUUUCUUGUCUGACUUCAGUGCCAUUUUGUUUGGGAAAUAUAAAGUAUAAUUCAGUCUUCCCUGCCAUUGGUGGAACGAUGGCUUCUGAUGAUGCAUCCCUUCAUCAUACCGUCAAAGAGAAGAAGACAUGUGGAUAAUGUAGAGAAAGUGGAAGCUCAAGUGAUUCUCCAGAUAGGCUUAGUAAGAGGAUCAAAAUCAGUAAAGGCAGUAACUGUAGCAAAAGUUCCAGCCAGUCUGGAAGUGCUCAACUUCACUGUUCCAAUGACUUUAGUGAUAAUGCUUCAAGAACGGCUGUCAUGGCAGCAACAACAGCAUUUGUUCAGAAGAGAACAACUGUGGAACUUCUCUAAACUUCUAUUACCACGAUUUUCCUUCAGAUUCCUCUGAAACCUCCACAAGCAAAGAGGGUGGCAGCUUCACCAACCCGUUGCUCCAGCAGCCAGAAACUACAGAACAGAACUUACCAGAGAAGAAAAAGGGAAACCAUCUCCAUGCAAAAGGAGGUAAAAUAUUGCCUAAAAAGAAACCUCAGCAGAAGACCACAUUUAUGACAGACCAUAACAUGGCUUGCCAUCUAUUGUCAGCAAGAGACCAUGAGAUUAAAGAACUGAAAAAUGAACUUGCUGUUCUGCGGAAUAAAUUGGAGACAUUUACUGUGGAAUAUAAAAUCUUGAAGCAUCUUCCGUCUCAACAUUUAAAAGCAAUUAAUAAACAUAAAAAUGCAGAGAUUAACCUGCCUGAUCUUUUGGCCACGCAGUCUAAUGAAGUGCUGACUCUGAGAUCACUUCUCAGGACAUCUCAGGAACAAGAGCGCAGGGCUUCCAACAAGCUGAGAGAGGUUCAGGCAGAACUCUUAAAAACAAGGGACGCCUUGCGGGCGUUGCAGAAAUUUUCUGAAGACAAUUAACAUCAUAUAUCCAAAAAUUGGAAGCCAGUGAUAAGAGAAUCCAGGUAACGUGCAAGUUACAUUGCUUAGAACAACGUAGCUGGGCUCUGGGAGAGCCCUAUGAAGAAAUGCUUUAAGCUGACUUGCUUCAGCAUGCAGUAGGGACCGUUCCCUACAGGCACCAUCCUCAAGUCUCCAAGAUUCCUUUGAUAUUGAAAUUAACAGAAAACCUGCUCAAGGAGGAACAUCAAUUUUGCACAUACAAAAUUUAGAAACAAGAACAACUUCCUCAAAGCUCUAGUUUCCAAUGAAAUCUAUUUUUUUCAGAUUCUUAAAUUGUUAUCCAGCAAUUAGAGACAUAGAUGUGCUGCAUUUGGUUUCCCACUUCAGUUCUUUGGGAGUUUCUUAUUUGCUGGAAGAGAUAAUAAUUUCAAAUGUCAUUGGUAGAAUUGUGGCUUGUUGCACAGUCAGCCAGAUGUCCAGACUGGAUUUGAAUUUUCAUCCACCUAUCCAGUCCUUCUCAAGGACCUGGCAGAGGCAUUAUUACUAUGCUUCAGCACACAGUCAGCCAGAUGUUAUACUGGAUGUGGCUUUUUAUCACCUACCAAGACCUUCGGAACGGCCUGGGGUAAGCAGCUUUGCCUUACAAGUCCCAUGAUGCUCAGAGAAGAAGUUCUCUAGUUGCCAUGGUAGCAAAGAUCUAAACAUCAACUUCUCUGCCAACGAAGCCCAAGAACCGGGUAAGGAGGUAAAAUAUUGCCUAAAAAGAAACGUCAGCAGAAGACCACAUUGACGACUGACCAUAACAUGGCUUCCCAUCUACUGUUAGCAACAGAUCACAACAUUAAAGAACUGAAAAAUGAAGUGGCUGUUCUGCGGAAUAAACUGGAGACAUUUACUAUGGAAAAUAAAACCUUGAAGCGUCUUCAGUCACAACAUUUAAAAGCAAUUAGUAAACAUGAAAAUGCAGAGAUUAACCUGCCUGAUCUUUUGGCCACGCAAUCUAAUGAAGUGCUGACUCUGAGAUCGCUUCUCAGGACAUCUCAGGAAAAAGAGCGCAGGGCUUCCAACAAGCUGAGAGAGGUUGAGGCAGAACUGUUAAAAAUAACGGACGCCUUGCGGGCGUUGCAGAAACUUUUUGAAGAGAAGAAACUUGAAGACAGAGAAGACCUAAAGCGUAAAUUAACAUCAUAUACCCAAAAAUUGGAAGCCAGUGAUAAGAGAAUCCAGGAUCUAGAAAAGCAGAUGUCGUUGAAUACUACUUCCUUUAAUCAUCAGUUAGCAGUUGCGAUGAAAAUGACAACUGAAGCUCAGUCAAGCACCGCAAAUUUACAACUAGAAAUCGAGUCGCUGAAGCUGAAACUUAAGGAAAGAGAAAGAGAACUAAGCAUAACAAAUAUUUAUGCACACCGGAUGGGUAAAAGUCAGUCAGAGAAAGCUGAUUCCUGUUUUUCUCCAAAAGUUGUUAAAGUCAGCAAAGCUAUCCAGGUAAAUAUCAGCCUAAAACCCAGGACUCUUGGGAAGGGUGAGCCUGAAGGAAGUCAAAUGACCUUCCACGAGGAAUUGAAAGCCAACAUUGAACCUGAAACAGGAGUUCAUCUCCCUGAAAUAUUACCUGUGCACAACAUUUCAAAUGGGACAUUCAUGGAAUUACAAAGUGAAGAGAUCGGAUCAAGGAUAGAAGAAAACAUCCAGUAUGAAAAGAGAGAAAGACAGAAGAGCAGGAGAGAAAGGCAAGGGUUGGACUUAUUUGAAGAAGAGUUUAAUAAAGUAAAAGCUGAACCAUCAUUUUUUCCUACACCUCAAGUUAUGCCUAAAGUAAACAAUUUGGAAUAUGUUGCCAUGGCAAAAGAGGAAAACAAAGCAGAUAAGGAGGCAAAAGAAGCUAUUUGUGAGGAAGUAAUAACAGCAAUACCAAGGCAUAGACCAUCUACCUUGAAAAAACACUAUGUAUUUACAGAAGCCACUGAAAAUUUGCAUCAGGGAUAUCCCUCAACUGGUCCCUUAGUCAAACCAAGGAUGCCAUGCAGUGGAAGACCAAGAAAUCGGCAACAGGGUGAAUUAACCCACUUUUGGGAAGAUCCUGUCACCAAUUAUGAGCCCUCAUUUGCUAAAUUUCCAAACGAAAGACCAAAGGACAAGACUUCAACUCCCGGUGAAGAAACCACACCAAAGAUACUGCCAGAAAAGAAAAGGCUUCUGUUGGAAAAACUGUUUGGUCCAAAUAACAUAUUUAGCAAAUGAUGGCUUGCAUUAUGUUAUUCCUAUCAAGUGGAUAGACAUUAGAUAAUGGACACCAGACAGUAUUAGAACUAAGACAGAUUAAAUAGUGGGUAGUAUUAGGGUAUAUUAGAUAACAGAUAUUAGAUAGUAUUAGAACUAAGCGAUGUUAGAUAGUAGAUAUUAGUAUUAGAACUAGGAUAUAUUAUAAUAGUGGAUAUUUAUAUUAGAACUAGGAUAUAUUAUAAUAGUGGAUAUUUAUAUUAGAACUAGGAUAUAUUACGUAGGGGAUAUUAGUACUAGAAUUAGAACAUAUUAGAUAGUAGAUAUUACAUAGAAUUAGAACUAAGCAAUAUUAGGUAUUAGAUAUUAAUGUUAGAAUUAGAAUAUUUUAUUAAUAUAAUAGAUUAGAAUAGAAUUAGAAUAUUUUAUUAAUAUAAUAG